UCUUCCAUUCCAAUCCAGAAGAACCCUUUGCUGCUCAGUGUUUAAAAUACAAUACACACUCUUCCUCACUUGCAGAAAACCCUAAUUCUCCAGAGAUGGCAAAGCGUUUCCUCCCCAGCCUCAACCGCGUUCUCAUCGAGAAGAUUCUUCCUCCAACCAAAACCAGCGGCGGCAUUCUUCUCCCUGAGAAAUCUUCCCAGCUUAAUUCAGGGAAGGUGAUUGCAGUUGGACCCGGAUCCCGAGACAGAGCUGGGAACUUGAUUCCGGUGUCUGUCAAGGAAGGUGAUCAGGUGCUCUUGCCGGAGUACGGUGGCUCCCAAAUCAAGCUCGACGACAAAGAGUUUCUUUUGUUCAGGGAUGAGGACAUUUUGGGCAUUCUGCGUGAUUGAGAUUAGGUUUGUGUUUAUGGGGAAUGCUGAUUGUGGAUUGUUUAGAAAUAAUCUAGGGUCUCAUUUAGAGAAUGCAAUUUGGUACCAACAUUUAUAAGGGAAUUUUUUAAGCAAGUUUUGCUUAGUUGUAUUCUGAGUAAUUGCAAUAUGAAACUUUAUUUGAUCUA